AUGAAAGGCUUAUACUUUUUAAUUUUGGUUGCAAAACUAGCUGCAGAAGGAUAUGCUUCAAGAGGAAAUAAGUCAACGGACUUUAAACAAAGGUUACAAUACCAAGCCACUUGCAGUUCUUAUGUUCUGAAGAAUUCCAAGGUUGAGAAUGACCUAUCGAAGGAAGAUCCUCCCAUACCGGUUCCAUUACCGUGCUGGAGUCAUAUAAAAAACGUAGGAGCCAUAUUUUGCCUACUCACUGGAAGCGAUGGUUAUUCAAGAUUUGAUUGGACGUCCUGUCAGCUGCAAUGCAUAAACAGCGAUUUCCAACUGGACUUACCAUUUGAAAAUUUUAAUCCGGAUGAAUUAGUUAUAUGCCCCUCUGAAGUGCAAUUAGUACUAAAAAAAUGGGAGCGGACAUGGAAUGACAGAAAACAAAGAGCUACAAAAAACUUGUGCAAACAGGGCACGUGA